UUUUCCAAAUUCUAGUAAUCGGAGGCGGUGGGGCGAUCAGAAUACAUCGAAUCGGCGCAGGCGGAUUUCAAACAUCUCUUACUGUUUCAUCUCAGAUCCGAUCCGAUCCGAUCUGAUCUGAUCUGAUCUAUAGUAGUGAUAAUCAUAUUAAUAUCAUCGUAACUCAAGCACAGUUCGAUUCGUUAUCAACGAAAAUGGAUUCUACUCUUCUCAUUGGAGCUUUCUCACUCAUCGUCGGAGCUCUUAUCGCCUUGGUUCUCUUCCGAAGCUAUUUCAGUCAAAGAAAAUCGGAAAUUCAAUCGAUCGCUCCGUUGGAAUCUCUUCAGAAGCCUACCACAAAGGCUCCGCCGCCUUCUUCCAAAAAGUCUCACGCUAAAUCUCAAUCUCACUCAUCUGAUAAGGAUGCGAGCAAGCGACAUCAUCCACUGGAUUUGAAUACAUUGAAGGGACAUGGAGAUUCUGUUACGGGCAUAUGCUUCUCAAAUGACAGCAAAAAUUUGGCAACUUCAUGUGCUGAUGGAGUGGUCAGGAUCUUUAAGCUGGAUGAUGCUUCCAGCAAAAGCUUCAAGUUUUUAAGGAUUAACUUGCCAGCUGGUUCUCAUCCAACUGCAAUUGCAUUUUCUGAUGAUGCAAGUUCUGUGGUUGUGGCAUCACAGAUGUUGUCUGGGUCUUCUUUAUACAUGUAUGGAGAAGAAAAGGCUAAAGCAUCUGAUGACAGUAAGCAGCAAGGUAAGCUUCCACUUCCAGAAAUUAAGUGGGAGCAUCAUAAGGUGCAUGACAAAAGAGCUAUUAUCACCCUAUUUGGGACAAAGGCUACUUAUGGGACUGCUGAUGGGAGUGCAAUCUUUGCAUCGUGUUCAGAAGAGACUGACAUCAUACUUUGGCAUGGAAAAACUGGGAAGAACUUGGGGCAUGUUGAUACAAAUCAGCUAAAAAACAAUAUGGCCACAAUAUCUCCUAAUGGACGCUUUAUUGCUGCUGCUGCUUUUACAGCUGAUGUUAAGGUUUGGGAGAUUAUUUACUUAAAAGAUGGUUCAGUUAAGGAAGUGUCAAGAGUUAUGCAGCUCAAGGGGCAUAAGAGUGCCGUAACUUGGCUAUGCUUUACUUCAAAUUCUGAACAAAUCAUAACAGCUUCUAAGGAUGGAACUAUAAGAAUAUGGAACAUCAAUGUUCGAUAUCAGCUUGAUGAAGAUCCAAAGACUCUGAAGGUGUUUCCGAUUCCACUUCAUGAUUCAAAAGGAUCUACAUUGCACUAUGACCGCCUCUCUGUAUCUCCUGAUGGGAGAAUAUUGGUUGCCACCCAUGGUUCAACUUUACAAUGGCUAUGUGUGGAAACCGGAAAAGUUUUGGACACAGCUGAAAAAGCCCAUGAUGGUGACAUAACAGACAUCAAAUGGGCACCUACCUCUGUCCUAGUAGGAGGUAAGAAUGAAAUGGUCCUAGCAACGGCAAGUGUGGACAAAAAAGUAAAGUUGUGGUCAGCUCCUCAUCUGUGAACAACAAAACAACAA